AUGGAACCCACAACCACAGUGUUUGAGCAGGUGAAGACAGUUCAAGCCUUAGACCAUGCAGCAGCUUUGAUCUGCUUUGACUCACCCUUGUACCCAGCCAUAGAAAUAAAGAAGUACCCCGCCACUUUAAGAUUGCUGACAACUCAGAUAAUUACUAUUACAAAAACUAGGUUGCAGACCGUGAUCAAAUGGAAGAGGGAAGAGGAAUGUUGUCAAAGUUACGAAAGAAACAAGCAAGGAAUUUGUGUACCGGUCUGUGCUGGGGGCUGCCCAAAUGGCUUUUGUCUGUCCCCUGGAAAAUGCAGGUGUAACACUGGCUACACAUUGGACAGUAAAACUAAUAAAUGUAUUACAGCAUGCAACGGUAAUUGCAAAAAUGGAAAAUGUACGGCUCCAAACACAUGUACGUGCAACACUGGUUAUUCUAAAGAUCCAAAGAACAGCAAGAACUGCCUACCAAUUUGCAGUCCAUCCUGUACUAAUGGAAAAUGUACAGCUCCAAACACAUGUACGUGCAACACUGGUUAUUCUAAAGAUCCAAAGAACAGCAAGAACUGCCUACCAAUUUGCAGUCCAUCCUGUACUAAUGGAAAAUGUACAGCUCCAAACACAUGUACGUGCAACACUGGUUAUUCUAAAGAUCCAAAAAACAGUACGAACUGCCUACCAGUUUGCAGUCCAUCCUGUGCCAAUGGAAAAUGUACCUCACCAAACACAUGUACGUGCUACAGUGGUUAUAUAAUGGAUCCAAAAAACAGUAAGAACUGUCUUCCAGUUUGCCGUCAUCCCUGUGUCAGUGGUAAAUGCACAGCUCCGAACACAUGUACGUGCAAUACUGGUUACAUUAGAGACAUAAAGAAUAACACAAACUGUCUACCAGUUUGUAGUCUGCCCUGUACCAAUGGGAAAUGUACCGCUCCAAACACAUGUACGUGCAACACUGGUUAUUCUAAAGAUCCAAAGAACAACAUGAACUGUCUACCAGUUUGCAGUCCAUCCUGUACCAAUGGGAAAUGUACCGCUCCAAACACAUGUACGUGCAACACAGGUUAUUCUAAAGAUCCAAAGAACAACAUGAACUGUCUACCAGUUUGCAGUCAGCUCUGUACCAAUGGGAAAUGUACAGCUCCAAACACAUGUACGUGCAACACUGGUUAUUCUAAAGAUCCAAAGAAUAACACAAACUGUCUACCAGUUUGUAGUCUGCCCUGUAGCAAUGGGAAAUGUACCGCUCCAAACACAUGUAUGUGCAACACUGGUUAUUCUAAAGAUCCAAAGAACAAUAUGAACUGUCUACCAGUUUGCAGUCCAUCCUGCACUAAUGGUCAUUGCACUGCACCAAAUACAUGUACCUGUGACAGUGGUUAUUCGAAAGAUCCAAAGAAUAACAGUAAUUGUCUCCCAGUUUGCAAUCCAUCUUGUAGUAAUGGCCAGUGUCUUGCACCUAACCAAUGCACUUGUAAUAAUGGAUAUUCCAAGGACCGGAAGAAUGAAACCAACUGUUUACCAGCCUGUAACCCACCAUGUAAUAAUGGAAAGUGUACAGGACCAAACUCAUGUAUAUGCAAUCCAGGUUUUACUAAAGAUCCAGAGAAUGAAAAUGAAUGUUUACCAAUUUGCAGUCCACCAUGUAGGAAUGGUACAUGUAUUUCACCAAACAUAUGCACCUGCAGCAGUGGUUAUACUGAAGAUCCAAAGAACAAUAAAAACUGUUUACCAGUCUGCAUUAAUAGUUGUAUGAAUGGCACAUGUGUAUCCCCUAAUAAAUGUAUAUGUAAUGAAGGAUUCAGCAAGGACCCUGAAGAUGACAGAAAAUGUUUACCAAUUUGCACAGCAGGUUGUAUUAAUGGAGUAUGCGUAGCACCUGAAAUAUGUUCAUGUAAUACAGGAUUCACUAAAGUUCCUGAAAAUAAUAAACUUUGUGUACCAGUGUGUUCUUCUGGGUGUGUGAAUGGAAAAUGUGCUUCACCAAACACAUGUGAAUGUAAUGUAGGCUACACCAUAGAUCCAAAAAAUAAAAAUGUCUGUGUACCCAUGUGCAAAAUUAAAUGCAAGAAUGGCUCCUGCACAGCAGAAGAUACAUGUACUUGUAAAACUGGAUAUGUGAGAUCUAAUACAGAUCCCAAUACAUGCAUACCUGCCUGCCCUUCAGGAUGUCUCAAUGGACACUGUACUGCUCCAAAUGUAUGCACAUGUGACAACGGUUACUCUGCGGAUAUUCGUAAUGAUGCCAUUUGUAUGCCUGUGUGUCUCCAAGGGUGUGUCAACGGUAACUGCACUGAACCUAACAAAUGCAUUUGCCAUUCUGGUUAUAUCAGACAUCAUAAGAAUCCCAAUAGAUGUGUACCAGAUUGUCAUAAGGGAUGUAAGAAUGGUAUAUGCACUUCUCCAAAUACAUGCACUUGCCAUGAAGGUUUCACUUAUGAUGAGAACAAGGGAUGUGUGCCAUUCUGUUCAGGAGGUUGUAUCAAUGGCAACUGCUCUGCAUUAAACAGAUGUGAUUGUUUCACUGGGUGGUCUGGAACAGAUUGUUCAAUUUAUCAACUCAAAGCAGAUACAAUUCUAAGGGAAAUCACAGUAAAUAGGUACCCAAAACAUCCUUAUAUUGUGUGGUUCACCCUAGUGUCUCUUCUGGUGUUAACAGUCAUUGUAAGCCCAAUCAUAAUAAAGAUCAUAAUAUGGACACAAAAAAUAAGGAAAGAAAAAUGGGAGAAUGGUGGCAGUAGUGAUGUAACAGCGUACCGAUCUUCUGUCUCCGUGCUUGACCAGAAAAGAAAAGAAAACACGGAGUUGGCAGAGGAUGAAAAAGAAUCCAUUCUCUUUAGUGAACUACAGCCGAAAUGCAAUCAGUCACCAGAAUGUAUUAAAGAGCUGUCGACUUGACAUAGGUAUUAGCAACAAUGUAAUGCUGCAUCAUAAUCUUUCAAUAAAUCAUUACAUAUGUUGAAAUCCAA